AUGUCAUCCAUCAGCACACUAAACCAGCCCCUUGAUCCCUGCAGUAACGCUGGCAGCUCAAGCAACCCUCCUGAAUUUGUAAAUCAUGGUCUUCUUCUAUGGAACCAGACAAGGCAGCAAUGGCUUGCAAAUAAGUUAACUCAGAGCAAAACACAAUCACAAGUUCGUGAACCCACGAUAAGUUGGAAUUCUUCUUAUGAGAGCUUGCUCGGGAGUAAUAAGCCAUUCACCCGUCCUGUUCCUCUGGCUGAAAUGGUGGAUUUUCUAGUGGACGUUUGGGAACAAGAAGGGUUGUACGAUUGA